AUGGAGUCCGCCGUGGACUCUGCGUCGACCGCGAGCGAGGUGAGCGGUUCGUCUGGGGGUUCUCCGAGGGUUAAAGCCGCGUCACCAGCCCGCGCCGUCAGCCCGCCCCAACUCCUGGCCCCGAGGCUGCCGCUGCCACCACCGGGACUCGGGCUGCUGGGCUCCCUGCAGAUGAUGCACCAUUCGCCUCUCGAGUUGAUGGCAGCGGCCCACCACCACGGCCCGCCACGCUACGGCAGCCCGCCGCCUAUAUCCACGUCCGACCCGUCCGCCAACGAGUGCAAGCUGGUAGACUAUCGCGGGCAGAAGGUCGCCGCAUUCAUCAUCCAGGGUGACACCAUGCUCUGCCUGCCACAGGCUUUCGAACUAUUUCUCAAGCAUCUGGUAGGCGGGCUGCACACAGUGUACACGAAACUAAAAAGACUGGACAUAGUGCCGCUGGUGUGCAAUGUGGAACAGGUGCGCAUCCUCCGCGGGCUAGGCGCCAUACAGCCCGGCGUCAACCGCUGCAAGUUGCUGUCUUGCAAGGACUUCGACGUGCUCUACCGCGACUGCACAACGGCAAGGUACGUUUCAUCAAGAGAAUUUAUUUUAUCAUUUGUA